GCGGGAUGGCGCCGGAGGCCGGUGCCGGUGGAGAGCGGUGAGACGCUGCGUGACGGGAGGCGCGUCAGGUCCCGGUGAGCGCCCGCGGGCCCUGUCCGCCGCCAGGGGAGCAGGAUGUACACUCUGCUGUCUGGGCUCUAUAAAUACAUGUUCCAGAGGGAUGAGUACUGCAUCUUGAUCCUUGGUUUGGACAAUGCUGGCAAAACCACCUUCCUUGAACAAACCAAAACUCGAUUUAACAAGAACUACAAAGGGAUGAGCUUGUCCAAAAUCACCACCACUGUAGGCUUAAACAUUGGUACUAUCGAUGUUGGCAAAACUCGACUCAUGUUCUGGGAUCUUGGUGGACAGGAGGAACUGCAGUCUCUUUGGGACAAGUAUUACGCCGAAUCUCAUGGAGUGAUCUAUGUUAUUGACUCCACUGACGAGGAGAGGCUCUCGGAAUCUAGAAGAGCUUUUGAGAAGAUGAUUACCAGCGAAGCUCUGGAAGGGGUUCCCAUUCUGGUGCUCGCUAACAAGCAGGAUGUAGAGACCUGUCUGUCGAUACCUGACAUCAAGACAGCGUUUAGCGACUGCAUUAACAAAAUUGGGAAGAGAGACUGCCUGACGCAAGCCUGCUCUGCAAUUACUGGCAAAGGAGUGAACGAGGGAAUUGAAUGGAUGGUGAAGUGCGUGGUGAGGAAUAUCCACCGGCCCCCAAGAAAGAAGGACAUCACGUAAGAAAUUCCAAGUUGACGAAGGAAUGGACAGUCUUUUUCCACACAGUUUUGUGUUCCCUUUAAAGAAGGUGGUUCACUGGAUUCCUCUUACACCUGAUUCUUUCCUAACUUUGGAGACAAACAUUCUCUUUUCUGUGUCUAAAACACUUGGGCAAAGAAUUCCACCUGGUUGAGGGGUGGGAAUCUCUCUCUUACCCUAAGUAUUAAAUCGUUGGCCUGAGAGCA